AUGAAGCUCCUUUCUCUUCUCUCUUCUCUCGCCUUCGCAAGCAGCGCUGCAGCAUCACCGCUGGAGAUCUCGAAGCGCCAGUCCACCGCCUGGCGCUACAGCUGCGACACACGCGCUGCUCCAGCGGACUUCAAAGCCUUCGAUCUCGGCGGGUGUACAGCCCAGCUUUCCUUCACCAAGGACCGCUACGUCGCAAUCCAAUGGGCCUUCGAAGCCACUUAUGCCGACGGCAGUCGCGCUGAGCACAAACCGUUCCGCGACUUCAACAACUUCGGCGUGAGCGACACCUUCUACCCAUACCUCGGCAACAACUUCCUCACGAGGCUGCCCGGCAGCUCGGCGUUCACUGCUGUGCAUGAGUUCACGAAUGUGUGCAAAAGCGGACAGGCGCCUGUGAGCUGGCGGUUCUACACGACCUCGGCGAACAGUGCGUGUUCCCCUGCAGACUACCGGUACACUACUGGCCAGAUCCGCACCGUGGGAGGUGUCUCUCGCCCAGCCAAGGUCUCUGGCGUGACGCUGCGGAGAGCGAAUACAGCCGGAGACUUCCAGGUCGGCUGGUCGGCUGUCGCGGGCGCUGCUGCGUACUCUGUUAUUGUCCAAUACCCCACGGGGACAGAUGAGGUCGGUGAUGCAUACACCAAUGUGCGAGGUGCACGUGUACAAGGAACAUCGACGAUGGUCGCCACCACCACGCGCAGGCAGGAUGUGCAGCGAAAGUGCAUUGUCCAUGCUGUCAACGCUCAGGGCGUAUGGUCGUUCACAAAUGAUGUCCAGCCGAUUGCCGCCAGCUGGUAG